AUGGAGACUCAUUUAUCCGGUGUGGUGACAAUCACAAACGCUCAGUAUCAUAAUAGGGUGAGGAUGUUGAAUGACGACGACGGUGAACCAUUAUUUUGCGUUGUCCCUACGCCUCAAGAUUCACCUCGUACGGAAGAGCUGUGGAAACUUGAAGCAGGCGAUCACAAUCGCUAUCGGCUUAUAAACGUGAAAUACGACGAGUAUGAUGCAGUCGCUCACCACCCUCACAAGGUCAAGGCACAAGUACUUGCUUCGCAUCGUGAAGAUCAGUGGUGGCUGAUCGAGAGAGUGAAAGAUAAAGAUCACAAAAAUGCAUACUUGUUCGUUUUUAUUAUGACUUGGGCGACGGACGUUGAUGAAUCUCUGUUCUGA